CAAACAAGAUUUGCUGGGUGGGGGAGGGACGUUGCUGAGGCAACUGGAGAGGGCGGGGUCAUGUCUGAAUUGCUGCUGUGAGUCACCGGAGUGCUGCCCAGGAAAGGCAGGGCUGGGGUGAUGACCAUGCUAAAGACCCAGUGGGAUUUCGCGACAUCACCUGUGUGGAGGGACUUCGUGUCUAUGGCAGCUGUCACCUGGUGGAAGGGGCGGAACUAGAUUUCCUCUGCCUGCGACGCCGGCAUUCCAAGCACUUGUCCUGCAGGCUCCCGCAGGCAGACGCAUCAUAGAAGGAAGCCAGGGAAUGGCCGCGGUGUGGCAGCAAGUCUUAGCAGUGGACGCGAGGUACAACGCCUACCGCACACCAACGUUUCCACAGUUUCGGACCCAGUAUAUCCGCCGGCGCAGCCAGCUGCUGCGGGAGAAUGCCAAGGCUGGGCACCCCCCAGCACUGCGGCGGCAGUACCUGAGACUACGGGGCCAGCUAUUGGGCCAGCGCUACGGGCCACUCUCUGAGCCAGGCAGUGCUCGUGCCUAUAGCAACAGCAUUGUCCGCAGCAGCCGCACUACCCUUGACCGAAUGGAGGACUUUGAAGAUGACCCUCGAGCCCUGGGGGCCCGAGGACACCGCCGAUCUGUCAGCCGAGGCUCCUACCAGCUCCAGGCACAAAUGAAUCGUGCAGUCUAUGAGGACAGGCCUCCCGGCAGUGUGGUACCCACAUCGGUGGCAGAGGCAAGCCGGGCCAUGGCCGGGGACACAUCGUUGAGUGAAAACUAUGCCUUUGCAGGCAUGUACCAUGUUUUUGACCAGCACGUGGAUGAGGCAGUCCCAAGGGUGCGCUUCGCCAAUGAUGACCGACACCGCUUGGCCUGCUGUUCACUGGACGGCAGCAUCUCACUGUGCCAGCUGGUGCCUGCCCCACCCACUGUGCUCCAUGUGCUACGGGGCCACACGCGUGGUGUCUCUGACUUCGCCUGGUCCCUCUCCAAUGACAUCCUCGUGUCCACCUCCCUCGAUGCCACCAUGCGCAUCUGGGCCUCCGAGGACGGCCGCUGCAUCCGUGAGAUCCCUGACCCUGAUGGCGCUGAACUGCUGUGCUGCACCUUCCAGCCCGUCAACAACAACCUCACUGUGGUGGGGAAUGCCAAGCACAAUGUGCAUGUCAUGAACAUCUCCACAGGCAAGAAAGUGAAGGGUGGCUCCAGCAAACUGACAGGCCGUGUCCUUGCCCUGUCCUUUGAUGCCCCUGGCCGGCUUCUCUGGGCAGGUGAUGACCGCGGUAGUGUCUUCUCCUUUCUCUUUGACAUGGCCACAGGGAAGCUGACCAAAGCCAAGCGACUAGUGGUGCACGAGGGCAGCCCUGUCACCAGCAUCUCUGCCCGAUCCUGGGUCAGCCGGGAAGCGCGGGACCCCUCACUGCUCAUCAAUGCCUGCCUCAACAAACUGCUGCUCUACAGAGUGGUGGACAAUGAAGGUACCCUGCAAUUGAAGAGAAGCUUCCCCAUUGAGCAGAGCUCACAUCCCGUGCGCAGUAUCUUCUGCCCCCUCAUGUCCUUCCGCCAGGGGGCCUGUGUGGUGACAGGCAGUGAGGAUAUGUGCGUUCACUUCUUUGAUGUGGAGCGGGCGGCCAAAGCUGCUGUCAACAAGCUGCAGGGCCACAGUGCGCCUGUGCUUGACGUCAGCUUCAACUGCGACGAGAGUCUGCUGGCUUCCAGUGACGCCAGUGGCAUGGUCAUCGUCUGGAGACGAGAGCAAAAGUAGGGUUCUGCCAGCCCUGCACAGCUCACUGUUCCCUCUUCUCUAGUCUUGUGUUGUAAAUAAAAUUUCUGUGGUUGUGUUGAGGGGCAACUCCCAGGUCUCCCACAAGGAGGCACUAGGGAGUACUUCGCCCUCCAGUGGAUUGGGGACAGCUUCCUCAGUUGUGCAGUAAUGUGUUCAUCCAUUCAACAAGCCCUGAGUAUUUGCUGUGAUGUGUCACGUAGUUGUGCAGUCAGUAGACAGGAAUGAGAGUACCAAAUGUGAUGUCAGGAACUG